CCUCCUUCCUUAGAAUACCCACUUUCAUUCUCCUUCAAGCUCACAGAACAGAAUAAGGAUGAACAGCGGGGUGUGCAUGUGUGUGAUCCUGGCUGCGCUUUCUGCCUCCUGUUUGGGUCUGCCCCGCUCCUCUUCCCCUGGUACUGAUGACAGCCCUCUCCCCUCGCAGCUGGACACCAGUUUAAGUGGGCACCACCGGGUCAUCCGCUCCACCAGCCUCACCCUCAAACAGCAGCCAGAAGGCAACACAGACCCAGACACCCGUGCCAACCUCAGCGAACUGCUGGCCAAACUUAUCUCCAAAAAAGGCUCUGUUCGUCGUAACUCCUCCAUGAACAACAGAGCAAACAGCAUUAACCACCGGAUAAAAGAUCGGGAUUACGUGGGCUGGAUGGAUUUUGGCCGCCGGAGUGCUGAAGAAUAUGAAUAUUCAUCAUAAAAUCCAUAUAUAUCACCUGGUUACUCAUCUACAAAUAAAGAGUAUAUUUAUUACUACUAUUGCUAUUAUUAUUCAAAUGUACAUUUGUUAAGAAACCAGUAUAAUGCAAUAUUAAUAAUAUAAUAAUAAUUAUUAAUAAUAUGCCUAAUUAAUAAUAUGCCUAAUUUAGCAAAAAAAGACAAAAAAGUCUCAAAGUAUUGUUGAUGUUUUUCAGUCUUGUCAUUUUAUUUGAUUUUAUUUGUCACAUAUGCAGUGCUUUUUGCAUAAAGAGAACCAUUAAGCUGAUGUGCUUGUCAGAUUCUUGAAACCACAGUUUUCAAUAAAUCAGGUCAGCAUUCAA